AUGCCAUUCUCUCCAAGUAAAAUGUAUGAAACUGACAACACACGGCUUUUGAAGGUUCCAGAGUUCGAAAAAAAUUUGCUCAUUUCACCACCAGGGUCACCACCAGUUGGUUGGAUUCAAAGUCAAUUUACGUUAGAUGAUAAGAUUGAGCCAGGAAGCAAAGAUUCACAUAAUGAUUCACGAAAUAAUGCGCCUAUAUUAAUUGUUGUACCCAGUGAUACCGAUGUAGAUAAUAAUACCAAAUACGAAAAUAAUCCUGACGUUCCUUUUAUUCUUAUUCAAAACUGGGACGAUUCUCCGCCCCCUAGUACAAAAACAAAAAAACCGAAUCUUUAA